UGGAAGAGCGGAAGAAGGGACGAAAACAACAACAGCAGCAGCGGCGGCGGCAGCCCUCCGGCGAGGCGACGAUAGCUGACGAGAAAAGACAACACAGCGAUUUAACGACACCCUGUCCGGUAUCACGAAGUACCGGCUGCUCUUGUACAGUUAACACAGCCGUUAUUGUUUACAUUUAACAACAACAUGUCGGGUAUAAUGAGGCUAUUCGGCGGCGGGGGGAAGAGUGGAAAAGCGCCGACACCUCAGGAGGCUAUCCAGAAACUCCGAGAGACCGAGGAGAUGUUGGCCAAAAAACAGGAAUUUCUAGAGAAAAAAGUGGAGCAGGAGCUCUUAACAGCGAAGAAGAACGGCACGAAAAACAAACGAGCGGCUCUGCAGGCCUUGAAAAGGAAGAAGCGCUAUGAGAAGCAGCUGCUUCAGAUCGACGGGACGUUGUCUACCAUUGAAUUCCAGAGGGAGGCGCUAGAGAAUGCCAACACCAACACAGAAGUGCUCAAGAACAUGAGCAUUGCCGCCAAGGCAAUGGAGGCUGCACACCAACACAUGGACAUCAACAAAGUAGACGAACUGAUGGCGGACAUCACAGAACAACAGGAAGUGGCCCAAGAAAUCUCAGAUGUAAUUUCCAGACCGAUUGGUUUCGGAGAAGAGUACGACGAGGAUGAGCUUAUGGCUGAGCUGGAGGAUCUGGAACAGGAAGAGCUGGAUAAAAAUCUUCUGGAAAUUGAAGGAACAGAGGACGUUCCUCUACCCAGCGUACCAUCUACAUCACUACCAGCUAGACCAGCCAAGAAGAAGGAGGAAGAAGACGAGGAUGACAUGGCGGACCUGGAGGCCUGGGCGGCUAACUAAGCUAGCUUGCCCUGCUAGCUAGCUAGCACCCCUCUCCUGUCUGUCUCUGUGCUAUAAGGCUUCUCCCAGACAUCUGGAAGAGAGACAUGGACUCUGGGCUCCUGGGCUGGCUACUAGCAUGCUGCUCUGUCGUGAAGGCUAUGUCCCAAUAUCUAACCAUACCCCAACCCCAAAGUAUGCACUUGUGCACAUAUUCACUGACUUAAAAUGAACCAAGGUUUUUCUUCUCUGAUUAAUGUAACAGUAAAAAUCUCUUUGCUCCAGCUGUACACUUAUCUGUUUCUAAAGGGCAGAGACUAUGGAAGGGCAGAAGUCGUGCCCUGACAGCCUGCGUUUAUGUAUUGAAAAAUCUCUUUUUGAGAAAGGCCACUUAUAGGGCAAGAGAGUGCAAGUGCAUACUUCCAGGGAAGGGUGUUUGGAGGAACAGGACGAGGCUUGUUUCUGGGAGCAAUUUGAAGAAUAAACAAAUGUAUGGGGAAAAAAGCAAAAACAGAAAGACGAAGAGUCAGCCAUUUUUCUGCUUCCUGUGUUGUCAUCUCUCUGCUCUUCUACAGUGAUGACGACAACCCAUUGUCUUCACCAUCUCUGCUAAAUCUCAGCAGCAGCAGCAAAAAAAAAAAAAAACAAAACAGAUGAAUGAUGAAAAUGUAGGACUUUCUUACUGACGUAUCGCUGUCAAACUACCAAAAAGAUUACGUGUUACAGCAACAUUGUGUAAAGAGAGGAUCCAGGGUUUGAUCCCUCUGUCAGCCAUAUCUCCUACCCAAGUGUCCAUGGGCAACUUCUUCAUUUGGCACUCUGGAUCUAAUCAGUUAAAUUCCUAAAAUGCCAUAUGAGGGGGGAAAAGGAGCAUUGUCAAUAGAAAGGGCAUGUUUCCCCAUUACUCAACAUUACAGUGGCACCAGUGCCUGGUUGUAAUCAAUGCCAUCAGUGAGGCUUCCAGUAUGGACUUGGAUGCUGAUACUGGAUCCUUUGCAGCUGCUUUGCUCAGUUAGACAUGACUGCCUCAAGCAGUAAUAGUGACUAUUCUUCAGUCUGUGAAUGUUAAUCAUUAGCUAGCAGGCUAAUUUACCAAAGUAAGUGCUUACACCAACAAGCUGAUAAAGCCAACAAGCUUGUACUAUAAACAUGUUUACAGCCAGUUUCAGCCUGUACAGCUAACUUCCCUUUUCAUGAAACCUUCACAGGGGGUGAAUGUUUAUAUAACUCACCUGUUUAAAUUUUAUUAAGGUUUAAAAGUGCCCAUAUUCAAGGGCAGUGCCACUUUGAGUCAGCUCCACCUCUGGUCCAAAUACGGUCACCUCUAACUCCAGAAAUCCAGGAUAGCAACAGCCGAAAUGCCAAACUCAAGGCUUCAAACAGGAGUCCGCAAAUGGAUCGGCGAUGUCAUGGUACUUAAAGUCAAUAUUUUUGUACAGGCUAAGUGUGUGACCCUUCAAAACAAGUUGUGGACCUCUAAUAUGGCUGCCAGAGGGCAUAUUACAAACAAGCCCCCAGGAAGUGUGCUAAGCUUUGAAGACGAUUCCAGAUCCGUCACAUGAUGCUGUUGGCAUGAAUGUAUAAAGAGAACUGGAUACAGCAUUGAACGUGGGGCCCUUUUCAUCCCAUGAAAGUUGCUCAGUGGUGCAUUAAGCCAGAAAAGAUUAAUUACCGUUUAUAAAGUUAAUUAUGAUCGGCACCGCUUCUACAUGGUGUGGCCCACAAGCUGGCUACUUCCCGUUAAGCGCUCCACUGACUUGAAUGGGGAUAAAAAGAUUUAGUCAUGACAGUGUAAUAACACUGUUUGGCUGCACCAUUAAAUCAUUUCAAUCAUUAAGUCAUUUCUGAUUCAAGUUAGCGGAGUGCUAAACCAGAAGUGAGCCACUUGUCUCACAAAAGCCUGUAUUGCUUCUGCUUUGUGGGCUCAACCACAACUUUAGUUCGUGCCUGACGCCUCCAGCGCCUCGUCUGUCUGUGUUCAACAGCGAUGCACUCUGAGAAAGUCCUACAUUUGUUGAAUUUAAAGAUAAUGUGUGUGAGUGUGUGUGAUGUUUUUCAGCCUUUUGACACAGUGACCUCUUGUGAAUAUUAAGUCGAAUUAAAAUGGUGAGCUGA